UAUAUUGUACAAUUGGGCAAGUACUUCCAUAUGGCAUAUACGAUGGGCCCCGUUGGUGCAGCUUCGCAUGUUGGCCCACCGGACUCCCCUCUAGCUCAAGGAAGGCAAAAACGGGGGGCACGCUUCUAGCCGUCAACAAGGUGGUGUGGGAAUUUGGGGAGUUUGAGUAUUGAGAAGAAAAUGGCGGCAACGAAAGAGGGGAAGCUGGUGUACAACAUAUACAGGGCGCUCAGCUUCGGUGCAGCGCCGGUGCUGAAUCUUUACCUACGGUUUCGCAGAUUCCGUGGCCGUGAACAUCCUCACCGCUGGACCGAGCGUCUUGGCCGUCCCUCUCUCCCUCGUCCCCUUGGCCCUCUCCUCUGGUUUCACGCCGUCUCUCUAGGUGAAGGAAUGGCCGCGAUUCCUAUAAUCAAACAAUGCAUAAAGCAAAGACCGGAUUUGAACAUUUUGAUGACAACUACAACAGCGUCUGCAUUCGAAGUAAUAAAUAAACGGCUUCCUAGUGGUGUAAUAUAUCAAUUUGCACCACUUGAUACCCUGACAGCGGUCAGAGCUUUCGUCGACUAUUGGAAACCGAAUGCGAUCAUCCUUAUAGAGAGUGAAUUAUGGCCAAAUCUUAUCAUGACUGCUUCGGCAAAUGGUAUCGUGCUGGCACUGUUAAAUGCUCGUAUGUCUGCAAAAUCCUUUAAGCAUUUUUCAGGGCCCGUGCUUCUUCCACUUAUUUCGCUGAUGCUUUCAAAGUUUUCUUUGAUUGUUCCAUUGAGCAAUAUGCAGGCAAUCCAAUUUCAGCUACUACAAGCCCCUCCUUGUGUCAUCAACUUUUCCGGUGACUUGAAAUGUGUGGUGGAAGAUUUUGAUGUUUCUGAGGGGGAGCUGAGAAGUAUAGAAGAUCUGAAGUUAGAGCUCGCCCACAGGCAGGUCUGGAUGGCUUCUUCCAUACAUAGGGGUGAAGAAGAAAUAAUGCUAGGAGUUCAUAGAGAGCUCACGAAAAUACAUCCAGAUAUGGUCACUAUACUUGUACCUCGAGUUCCACGACAUGGACUAGAGAUCACUCAAGAAUUGCGGAAAAAAGGGCAAAAUGUAGCGUUGAGGUCUCGACAUGAAAAGCUUGUGGCAGGAACUAAUAUAUAUGUCGUGGACACAUUAGGCGAGUUGAGGCUCUUGUAUGGGUUAACACCAAUAGCUGUAGUUGGAGGUUCGUUCUUACCAGGUUUAGCUGGCCAUAACAUUUUAGAAGCCGCUGCAGCUGGCUGUGCUGUUUUGACUGGUCGUCAUAUUGGCCAUUUCUCACAGAUGGUACUUGAAAUGCAACAGUUAAAUUCUUUGUCUGUUCUCCAGGUUUUUGGCAAAUUGGAGCUCGUGAAUGCGCUCAAGGAGCUAUUCAGUGAUGCUAAAGUUCUGGAAGCACGUCGAAUGGCUGCAAAACAAGCAUACCAUUCUCUGUCCAGCGGUAUUGUUUCCAGUGUUUGGAAUCUACUGAAUUCGCAUGUUUUCAAACGGGUUGCUUUGUUAGAAGAUCCAUCGCUCCAAUUUUCGCGUUUUGAAAGCUUCACGCUGAGAUAUAAUCUUCUCGUGGCAAUCACGGUGUUGGGGUCUAGUGGCCAAGCAAACAUUUUGAUCUACUUGUUUUUUAGAACUGCAAGCUUGGGAGCUCAAAAACAUUGAACAAUGGAGAAGGUUCAAGAUGCAAUGUCUCUUCCUACAAACAAUUUUAUUACCAAAAAAAAAAAGUGCUCGGUCUCUCGGGCUGACGUUGGACAAGUCGUACACCCAGAAAAAAAUGAGAUGAAUUGGGGAAGUGAAGAAACAGAGAGACCAUCAAGGCAAAAUGCAGUCAGAUUAGCUAAAUUGCCUGAAUAUACUCACAUGCCAGUAAUCCAAACACCAAGUGAUGCCAAGGAUGAAUAAGCAGUCUCAGAUUCGGCUUUUAUUUGGCCCCAGAAACAUCUCAAACCUGAAAUCCCUGCGCACUCUUUCAUUUCCAAUGAUCCACCACGAGGGAAUGAUAAAACAUGAGAGAACAGUAAUAGUAAAUAACGACAAUGAAAAUAACACUAAUAAUAAUAAUAAUAAUGUAGCAGUACACUACUUUUGUCCACUUGCUGCUGAGUUGGUGGAGAGAGAAUUGAAUGAUGACAUUCUGGCACAAAAUUAAAACGCCAAUUCCGCCUUCAAUUUCUCCCCUCCUCCCUUUCUAAUGGCAUGUUUGGUAAGAAAAGGGCAAACCGAAACAUAAUGAAACCUAAAAAGGAAAUUAAAGCUGAGUCAUUUUCUUCGCUUUGUGCGACAGCAUUACUAUACUCGUGAAGACUGAAGAGGAAGGCUGAGAAAACUGGCCUGGGCGUGUACCACCAAUGAGCCCACCAUGUGGCAUUUGAAAAUCAAGAAAACUAUCACAAAACAAAAGCACUUUGGAUUUGGAUCGUCCAGCUGGAAAAGUCACAAGUGUUCCUUCCACUUUCAGGGUUUUCACUGCCACUGCGUGGUCAACCUGUGUCAAAGUCUCAAAAUUGCUUAGUUUUUUUUUUUUUUUUUUUUUUUGAGUAGCUUGUUUUGAAAUGUGAAGGGAUGUAACUCCUCGUUUCAAGAUUAGAGGCAGGCCCCAGUAGGCUGUAGGUGAUCUACAAUUAAGCCCAUGAAUGAGUAUUGUCAUUCUUGUCAAAUAUAGAUUAAUUGGGUUUUGGAA